UUAAAUCGAGGCUGUUGUUGCAGCCCGUUAAGUGCAGCUGGGUUGACAGCUGUCAAAAUAGCAUACAGUGGUUGGUAGUACGUGCAUGAAGGUUACAAAGGAACAGAAUAUGAGGACAAGCGAGUUCGAUUCAUCGUCGGAUGACGAAGAUACAGGGGAUGAGCAGCAGGCACCGCUACUGGUCUCCUGGUUACCUCUGUCAGUGGUCGAGUGUUCCCAGUUUCUCGGUAUAUGUUCUUUGCCAGGAUGCAAAUUCAAAGAUGUCAGAAGAAAUCUGCAGAGAGAUGUCGGUGAGCUUCAGGACCAGGGUGUGGAGGAUGUGUUUGUGUUCUGCACAAGAGGAGAGCUCCAGAAGUACAGGGUUCCCAGCCUGCUGGACACCUACAGGCAGAAAGGCCUCAGGGUGCACCACAUGCCCUUCCCAGAUGGGGGCACUCCUGAGCUAGACCAAUGCUGCCAGAUACUGGAGCAGCUCCAGUCCAACCUCCAGAACAACCGGAGGACUGUCAUCCAGCACUCCCAAGCACAUGAUCGUGACCACUGCUGUAUGUCCUCCCCCCCCCCCUGCAGUUGUUAUGGAGGCCUGGGUCGCUCUGGAUUAAUCGCUGUGUGUCUGAUGCUGCAGCUGUCAGUGACCAUGACGCCCAACAAAGCCAUUGAGAUCCUGAGGGAGCACAGAGGGAGCGGAGCCAUACAGACUGUCAAGCAAUACAAUUUCCUGCAUGAGUUUCGUGAGAGGAUCUCAGCAUACCAGGAGAGCAAAGUCGUCCCAACAGAACGAUCUGUGUCUCGGUGAUCACUUUCACCCCAAAUCUGGAGUUGGGUGUUCAAAUCUGUCAAGUCCCUCAUUUAGACAACAUGCCCUGAAUAAUGAUGUGGUGUCUGGCGUGUUUGCACUUUAAAAUAAGAACCAGAAAUCACAGUGAGGACAUGAUUAUGUUGGUACAGCUGAAUCCUCAUUUAUUUGAGAAAUGUGCCUAUCUGAACAUGGGUCAAUUCUUGAACUAAAUCAGAUUUUACUGGCACAUUUAGGUCUACACAUACACACUAGAUUAAAUACUAUAUAUUGUUCUUAGCACACACAGGUGAUAAACCAGGCCAAGUUUCAUUGUUGUCAUUACUCAACCUGCUCGGGUAUUUGUGGUAAUACAGUUCAUUAUGGUUUUGUCACUGUUGGUUAGCAUUAACUUUUGACUCCAAAACAGAUAUGAGUGGGAUAGGUUUAUUAUGAACAUUUCAACUCAAAUUUGUAUUCUCUGGGUGUAACUUGUUGGAACUGAAUUGACAGAAAUGUACUUAAAUUAAAACAUGUAGUACAUCACAUAUUCCUCUUUCCCAGAUAAUGUAUGAAAAUGGCAAUAAAUAAAUGAUUUAGGGAUGAUGUUCUUUCAGACCGCUUGUCCCAUGGUCCAAUAUUUGCAAACAAAACCUUGAAAAACCUGGAAAGAUUUUUUUAAACUCACUAUUCCUGCAAUAUGAUCAUUUUAGUAAUAUCAUGAAAAUGGAGUGUAGAACAUCCUUGGAAAAAAACAUGUCACAAAAUCUACUGAAAAUAUACAUUACAAUUUUAGCAGUCUAAUGAUGGGUUAUUUAGUGGACAAAAAUGUCUGACAUGGACAAGAUAAUGUCUAAAAAAAUCAAGUGAUAAACAAAAACAACUGGAUGGUAGUUUGACCUCAAGUGUUGGACCAUUCAUUCAUACAAUUUGGGAUUUUUUUUUGAUGGGUUGACAUUUAUUAUUGAAACAAGAGUUGGCGAUGACAUGUCUUUAGAAAGCAUGGAGAUUCAUAUCAAACAGUUUGAGGAUGUAUCUUGUGACAACUAUUUUGAUUGUCCUUCUGCCAGACAUUUUCCAUAGUGAUACAUUUUAUGUAAUUACUUCUUAAACUAUCUAUGAUCAGAGUUUCAUACCUGUGUUGUGGCAACAAAAUCUAUAUUCAACUUUCUACUUCGUCAUGUUGAUAAAACACAUAACAAAACUUGUUCUUAAACGCUGGGCAUCCAUUUCACAUUAAAAGCAGAUCUACAUCAUCAAUAGUUAGUCAAGCAAACAGCUGUGGAUUUGACUGAUAAAGUUCCCUGUAUAAGAAUGCCUACUAUUCGGUAAACAAUCAAAUAUGGAUGGGGUAAAAAAAUGGAGAAAAAAAAAAACUUUAUUUCAAUUUAAAGCAUUAAAUCAUCACAGCAAGAAUGAAAA